GAAGAUUCAGGAGAAGCUGGAGUGCUCCUUUGGGUCUCUGGUGGGGUCCAAUGUUUACAUCACUGCCCAGGGAUCCCAGGGCCUUCCUCCUCACUAUGAUGAUGUUGAGCCAGGUGACUUACUGUACUUCCCAAGAGGGACCAUCCACCAAGCUGACACUCCUCUUGGGACCUCCCAUUCCACACACGUGACCAUCAGUACCUACCAAAACAACUCUUGGGGAGAUUUCUUACUGGAUGCAAUUCCUGGCCUGGUGUUUGACACAGCAAAAGAUGACGUGGCGCUGCGGACGAGCAUCCCGAGGCAACUGCUGAUGCAGGUGAAUGCAGCUGACUCCACCAAAAAGCUGAGCAGCCUUUUGAGGAGGCUUGCAGACCACCUGGACCACACCAGGGAACUGAGGUCAUCUGACAUGAAGAAGGACUUCAUGAUGCACCAGCUGCCGCCUUGCUUGGGAUGUGACUCCGAUUCCUUGACUCCAGGUGGGAAAUUGCCAAAAAUAGACAGCAAAAUCAGACUGCAGUUCAGAGAUCACACUCUCAUCUCCGUGGAACCAGAUCAAGAGAAUGCUGAUGAAAUUCGCAGGGAGAUGGUUUAUGGGUAUCAUUCCUUAAGGAACAGGAGAGACACUCCCAUGAUGGGGACAGAUGACACUGCCAGUGAGGAUGGCACGGCCCAGGUUUGUUCCUGCAGACACACCAAAAAUUAUCUUUCCAUGGUGGGUUUUGCUGCCUGAGAUGAGCUUGCCCAAAAUGGCAGCAGGGCCUGGGUUCUGCCGUGAUCCUCAGCACCCAGAGCCUUUCUGCCCAGCCCUGCAGUGCCCAGAUGAGCUGAGGCUGCACCACAGAGGCAGUUUAACAGUGGAACUGAGCAAUGUGAUCUCAUGCUUAAUUAAACACUGGAGAUGUUAACAGGAUUUCUGGUGCAUGCCUUAUGGCCCAGUGAGCAAAGCUACUGGAGCAACUAAAAGCAGCUCUUACUGGUGUGUCCUUAGCACAUCCUCUACUGAGGCUACUGGAUAGGCCAGCAGAUAUUCCCUAGGGAUCACUGCCAUGCUAAACCCAUGUUAGAUUCUGUAUCCAAUGGAACACACUGCAGGGGUGUUCAUUUUAGGGUAGGGUGGGUCAGCACUGUGAGUAAAGACCUACCUUGUUCUGAAAUGGACU